GUAGUCGAUUGGGCCAGUCGUCUUGACAUAUCUCCAGUAAGCAUCCCUCUUGGCUAUGCUGCCGCACUUAUGUGAUUUCUUUCAUCAAAAAUGCCCUUGUGCAUUAUUACAAUAACCCCAUGCCAAAAGCGGUCGAGUCUCCUCUUUGUUGGUGCAAUCCAAAUCAAUCACAAUUGGCAAUUAGUGCAUAUGUACAAGCUCCUACAAUUCUUUGUCGCCAAAUUGAGGUUCUGAAAUCCAAAACCUCGAGUUUACUUUGCAUUUCACAUUCUUCAUUUCAAUACAUGCAUCGCCCAAAUCAUGGACCCAGAUAAUACGACAGGAUCAGAAUGGAUGCAAUCCGAACGCUUUCAUCAUUGUGAUGCCCAUGACGAAGUUCGUACUCUGAACCAAACUGUUGUCGAAGAGAGGGACGGUUUAAGAGAUUAUGUCAGUGUGCUUGAGCAACAACUGCUACCUCGUUUCGAAAUAAAUGGCACAAAUCCUGCAGAGAUAUUCGUUUCACAGAAGAAUGCAUACCUUCAGCGAGUCAUAAAUCUCGAAAAGACUAUCGCCGAGACUGAAAUGGCACAGUCUUUUGAAGCUCAGAAAUGGAAGCGUGAGAAGAAUGAAUUACAUCAACAAAUUUUUGGACAAAAUGGGUAUAGGGACCGAUUGCAAAGUGCGCAUAUCGCGCUAGAAAUUGCGAAUAAUAAUCUACCUUCCGAUACUGUGAGAAGUGCCAGAAAGUUAACGGAAAUAGCACAAGUAACAAGAGAGAAGGAUGAAUGCAACUGCAAGGUUGAUGAGUUGCAAGGACGUAUCAAAGAUUUGCACUCCAAUUGGAACGCCGCCCUGAGGGAGGUUGACGAGUUAAGAGAGCAAAAGGGGGAAUGGACAAAGGUACAAGAUAAUUCAAUUGCUUUGCAGGAAGCUAAUCGGGAAAUCGAACGAUUACGGAGGGCAAAUCAGAGGGAAGAUUCUUACCAUGUGCAGGCAUCGCACCGACAGGUUUUACGAUUGCAACAGGAAAAGGUUGUGUGGGAAGAAGAAAAAAUGAGGUUGGAGAGUCACACUGUAGAUUUAUCACUACGACUAAGAACUCUGGAGGAUUUGAUAGCAGCGUUGGAGGCUCAACAAUCAUCCCCAGAUGUACAAAUGGCCGACAUAGAUGACGAUUGCGGGACACCCUCAUUACAACCAAAGGUGCUUGGAGACGCUGUUUGGAAGCAGUGGUCGGAUAGGAUAUGUCGUCAUAUUCAGAUGCAGCCUCAAGAAGUAGAUGAUUUAUAUCGUCUGGCCGCAGCAAACCUGUACCGACCUAGUGGAGCCUUACCUGAUUCAGACCUCCGCCCUGAGAGUCCACGUCAACAAUUUCCAGGUGUGACGUGGGUCAAGGAAUUAGUUGAACUAGCUUGUGAUCGACCGGUAGCUCCAUUGGUACCAGAAACCACCUGGGUAAUAUGGGCGGAUAAGCUCCAAGACUUUGUUCUAACCGAGCCCAAUGAGUUAUCUACACUCUACAGUCUGGCUGAGGAAGGGCAGCGCGUAGCUGGUGCAGAAUGGAUCCGUCAACUCAUUGCCUAUGCCGCGAAAUUACCCACCUCUCCAGAGUAUCCUGGUACUCUGAAGGAAUAUCAACUCGGCGUCCAAAUCAAUGAAGCUAAAGCGAAAAUUGAAGAGCUGGAAAAUUUUGACAUAGAUAGGGAACAAAUCGAUGAGGAAAUGAAGAUUUCAAGAAUCAGCAACCAAGUACUUGAACAGGCGCUUGAAACAGCAAACGGGAAGAUAGAGGAACUUGAAAAUGAGAUGGAAACAAUGUUAGGGCCGUUUGAAGAUGAAAUAGAACAAUUGACAAGGAAACUCGAGGAAUCAUUUCAGCAGCGGAAUCUCGUCAAGGGUUUGUAUGAAUCAGGAAGUGCGCAUAGAGAAGCACUAAAUGAAAUUGAGCAGUUAAAAAAAGACGUCAGGACUGCAGGUGAACGAGGAACUCGGUUUGCUGGGCUCUAUGAGAAAGAGAAGCUACUUUCAGGUGAGCAUGAGAAAGUUUGGCAGCGAAAAUUUGAUAUAGAAGUCGCUGGUGCGGAUAAACAUGCAGCUGGCUUGGUCGAGGAAGCAGAGACUUUGCAGGGAAGAUUGAAUGGAGCACAUGGUGUUAUUGCCGAUUUAGAAAGAGAAAUUGAAAAACUGAAAAAGCAGAACGUGCAUAGUAAUACUGGAGAUAGUGGAUUAGGAGAAAUUGUAGAUGGAACUUCGCGAGAAGGAAGUCGACAAAAUACACCCGAUAGCCAUGAAACUGGCGAAUCUGAAGAAGAAGAGGAGGAAGAAGAGUCUGCGGAACUCAAAACUGCAAAAACAGAUCUUUACAAUACUCUUGAAGAGGUCGAGGAACUUAAACUCAAACUCGGUUUUGCAGAUCGUGCUUUCGAUGAUAUGAAAGAUGAGUUUGAAAGGAAAAUCGCUACGGUGGAGGAUAAUUCUAAGGAAUAUAUGACGGAAAAGGAACGGAUGGCAGAGAAAUUGAGGCUCGCAGAAGAGAAAUUCAAAAGAGGAGUUGCGGCUGAAGUUAGGAGAUUAGAAAGGGAAGGUCUUCUGAAAUUGGCAAUUUCGGGAACUCAGCCAGAAGCGGAUAUUAUAGGUACGGAAAAAAUCAAAGGCAAAGGAAGAAAACGUGCUCCAGCAGUACCGAAACCUAAAAAACAAGCUUCCAAAACAGAAGAGCAUGAAAGUCCCUCGAUUACUCCGCUUGAAAAUCCUCUUGAAAGUCCUCUUGAAAGUCCUGAUAUCUUGAUGAAAGAUGAUGAGGAAUAUAGGGGUCCAAAACAUGGUAAAAAUACGAAGAGUAGAAAGGUGCAGGUAAAUGACUUGUCGGAGGUUGAAAGUGAUGGAGGGGGUGCAAGGAGAAGUACGAGGGUGACGAGGAAUACGAAGCCGGUUUAUACAGAGAUGUUGAAGGAAGGGGAAGGGAGGAAGAGAUGGGAUGGUGGAAGAGAAUGGAAGGUAGUGGAGAGUGGGGUGGAGGUGGGGGAGGGAAGGUGGAAGUACAUAUUGUAAAUGAUCUUGUAAAUCUUUAUAUGCAGUUAAAGAAAGAAAGAAAGA